CAGCCCCUCCUCCGCCCACUGCGGAGGCCAAGGGAGUACAGCCGAGCAGGGGGAGGGGAAGAGCUACACACAUCCCCCUUCCUCCAGUCCUUUCCGCGUUCAGAUGCAAUUGCACCUUUUAUUAUUUUAACUUUUCUUCCCAGGACGCGCGCCCCGGGACCCGUCCCUCCGGCAUUCGCGAUCCCGGCUCUGGCGCGCUGGGAUGGGAGCGCGAGGGACCUGCCCACGGUCCGCCGGCGUCUGCGGGAAGGUGCAGCCGCCCCACCCGCUGUGCGGACUCUGCGCCGCCACGUGCUUGCAUGCUUGCGUUAAUCUACAGACGCGGCAAAUCGCCGAGAUUCAUCUUUGAGCCUGCUGCUUACAGCCUCCACGUUUUGCUUAAGAGGACAGGUCUCCAGGGAAGAGAGGCAGAUCAGAGGCAGGUGGCUAGGCUGGCGAUGGUGACAGGACCAUGUUGGCCAGAAAGAGCAUCAUCCCGGAGGAGUAUGUGCUGGCGCGCAUCGCGGCGGAGAACCUGCGCAAGCCGCGCAUCCGAGACCGCCUCGCCAAAGCCCGCUUCAUCGCCAAGAGCGGGGCCUGCAACCUGGCGCACAAGAACAUCCGCGAGCAGGGCCGGUUCCUUCAGGACAUCUUCACUACCUUGGUCGACCUGAAAUGGCGCCACACGCUGGUCAUCUUUACCAUGUCGUUCCUCUGCAGCUGGCUGCUCUUCGCCAUCAUGUGGUGGCUGGUGGCCUUUGCCCACGGGGACAUCUAUGCUUACAUGGAGAAAAGCGGAAUGGAGAAAAGUGGCUUGGACUCCGCUGUGUGUGUGACUAACGUCAGGUCCUUUGCCUCUGCUUUUCUCUUCUCCAUUGAGGUGCAAGUGACAAUUGGGUUUGGAGGGAGAAUGAUGACAGAGGAAUGCCCUCUGGCCAUCACAGUGUUGAUUCUGCAGAAUAUCGUGGGUUUGAUCAUCAAUGCCGUCAUGCUGGGCUGCAUUUUCAUGAAAACAGCUCAGGCUCACAGGAGGGCAGAAACGUUGAUAUUCAGUCGCCAUGCCGUGAUUGCUGUUCGAAAUGGCAAGCUGUGCUUCAUGUUCCGCGUGGGCGACCUGAGGAAAAGCAUGAUCAUUAGUGCCUCGGUGCGCAUCCAGGUGGUCAAGAAAACAACCACCCCGGAAGGGGAGGUGGUGCCUAUUCACCAACUCGACAUUCCUGUGGAUAACCCGAUUGAGAGUAAUAACAUUUUUCUAGUGGCCCCUUUAAUCAUCUGCCACGUGAUUGACAAGCGCAGCCCCUUGUAUGAUAUCUCAGCUACUGACCUGGCCAACCAAGACCUGGAGGUCAUAGUGAUUCUAGAAGGAGUGGUCGAAACUACCGGCAUUACCACGCAAGCAAGAACCUCCUACAUCGCUGAGGAGAUCCAGUGGGGCCAUCGCUUCGUGUCUAUUGUCACUGAGGAGGAGGGAGUGUAUUCUGUGGAUUACUCCAAAUUUGGCAACACUGUGAAAGUAGCUGCCCCCAGGUGCAGUGCCCGAGAGCUGGAUGAGAAGCCUUCCAUCCUCAUCCAGACUCUCCAGAAGAGCGAACUGUCCCAUCAGAAUUCUCUGAGGAAGCGCAAUUCCAUGAGGAGAAAUAAUUCCAUGAGGAGGAACAACUCCAUCCGGAGGAACAACUCGUCCCUCAUCGUGCCAAAGGUGCAGUUCAUGACUCCAGAAGGAAGCACACCAGAAUCAUGACAGCAAGACGGCCCCAAGGAUGUCUUUGUAGCAAGUGUGGACGCUGUAUGCAGGGCACUACCAGACUGUACAUCCUAAUGCACUAAAUGAUAUUCAUAUUCAAACAACGGCACUUUCUUUAUCAGUAAAACAGUAAUGCACAAGGGGGAGGAUUCGUGGCUCACACUUGUUUCAUACAUGCAAUAUUUGCAGUGAUACGCUUAAGUUAUGUGUAGAGAAUAGUACGCUCUCGUUUCCUCUCUGUCUGAAAUCACAAUCACAUUAAUAGUAAUGGACCUUGAAUACGAAAGGUGGCCAAGGAAGGAUUCUGCUGGAAUGCUUAGUGGAUGAACCCACGGGUCUCUCUGUUUCUAUUGUUCACUCUGAAAGUACAAAUAGAAUAGGAGGGGGAGGGGAAACUAAAAUUGUAUUAACAUAUUUUAUAUAUCAACCAAUAUGUUGCCUUUGCCUUUCCCAUGACACUGCACCUGGUAAAAAGCACGAGGCAAAAACUGCUGAGCUCUAUCUGUUCAUCCACUUGGUCCUUCACAAUGACCUCUGGAGAUUUCCUGGUCCUCCUCAUGGCUGCCUGUUGGCGGAACUGGGCAACAAGCUCAGGGGAAAAGCUAAGAACAUCCCCCUCUCAUUUCAGGACUGGAUUCCCAACAAUGAUAGUCAUUUCCUUCACCUUCUCACUUCUCCAUAAGGGCCCCCACAGGGAAAUGUUGUAUUGAAUAUUUUAUUAAAAUAUUUUCUUUGUAUUCAC